UUAUUCGUGGAUAAAAAGUAUUUCACUACUACUGCGAUAAUUAGGCAUACUAUACGUACUAUAAGUUGGCGCAGGCAUUUCAAGCCCGGAUCACACAAUAGGCUACUACAAGGGUAGGCAAAAUGUUUGAAGGAACAAUUGAAUCAUUUACCAUAACAUACGAUAGCUUGAACGAGAGAGAAACUUUAUCAUGCGGCGAUGUCAUAAAAGGGCAAAUAAGUUUCAAAGUUAGUCAACAAAUGAAUAUCUGUGCAAUCAUGCUUGCUAUAAAGGGGGAAGCCAAUGUCGUGUGGUACAACGGUUACGAUAAGAAUCGAAGAACCUACAAUGCAAGAGAAGAGUACUUCAACAUUAAGGAGGUACUUCUGGGAGAAUAUAAUAACGGUCUUGGGGAAGGCAAAAUCGUCCUUCGAGAAGGAACGCACGUCUACCCUUUCAGCAUCCAGCUACCACAAGGAAAUUUCCCUUCAUCAUUUAAAGGGCUUCAUGGAAGCGUGGUGUACUGUUUGGAAGCUGAGAUACACAGACCGUGGCGAAUGCCUAAGGAGUUCCGGUCGGAAUUCAAUUUUGUCAACGACAUAGAUGCCAAUCAUCCACAACUGCUGGUGCCACAGGUUGCUUCCAGUAGCAAGGAGCUGUGUUGUCUCUGCUGCACCACAGGGCCUGUCGCUCUAGGCUUUCAGCUGGAGAAGAAAGGUUACGUUCCAGGAGAGACGAUUAAGAUCAUUGUGGAGUUUGAGAAUGCCACUUCACGUACACUUAUCCCAAGUGUGGCACUCGUUCAGACCCAGACCUUCUACACUCGUUUUCGAACGUCAAAGAAACAUGAAAGCAGAGAUCUAGCCCUCGUUGAAGGGGAGCAUCUCACACCCCACAAUAGUACUGUAUGGGAGAGUGCGAUGCUGCAGAUACCUGCCGAUACCCCGACCAAUCUCUCCCGCUGCCGGAUUAUGGAGGUGGAGUACUCCUUAGAGGUGCGUGUGAGCAUUCCAAGGGGAUUCAACCUCAGAGCCACUGUCCCUCUGGUCAUUUGCUCUAUUCCCGCCUGUCAGCCUUCUGCUUAGGCGAUCAACUGCCAUCUUGUUUUUUGCCAAAUUGCCAUAGAAACGAAACUGGAACUCUUCUCAACACCUGUGUGCCUUGUUUUAUUUUUGUAUUAUUUUGUGGUUGGCAGGGGUUAUGGAUAUUGUUAUUUCCAUAUUAAUUUUUAAUGUCAGGCAUGAAUGAGGUGCUGAAGCGUUUAUUCUUUUUUGUUUCAGCUCCUCUCCCUGUACCAAAUGAUUGCUUUAACACAGGUCACUUGUAAAAUACGACACACACACACAUACACACAUACUAUGCUUUUAUAACAUAAACCAGGGCGGCCUGUAGCAUAGUGGUUAAAGUAAAUGACUGGGACACGCAAGGUCGGUGGUUCUAAUCCCGUUGUAGCCACUAUAAGAUCUGCACAGCCGUUGGGCCCUAGAGCAAGGCCCUUAACCCCGCAUUGCUCCAGGGGAGGAUUGUCUCCUGCUUAGUCUAAUCAACUGUAUGUUGCUCUGGAUAAGAGCGUCUGCCGAAUGCCAAUAAUGUAAUAUGUAAUGUAAUCUUCUAUAGGACAAAAUGUCUCAAAUCUUUGUUAGUUCUUAACAGGGUUUACUAGUACUAUUAGUCUGUAAUCUUUUAUAAUGUUAGGCAAGAGGAUGAACUUUAGAUCAACAUUGAUCACUUUUUUCACCAUUCAGCCAAAUGUAUUUUCAAUGAAUAUACACCCGGGCCUGUCUGAAAAUAUUUGACUAGACUAAAAUCAUAUGAUGCAAUCAAAGAAAGUGAAAAGUGCUGUGCAUCGAGGGAAGAGACAGAAAGCCCAAGUUGGAGGGAGACGACACGCACAUUGCCCUCCAGGAAUGGAAUUUGAGACUUCAGAAUUAUAGAGUGCAAAAAAUGUAAAGGUGAAUUCAUUACCAUGCCUUAGGCUAGAAGUAAUGCACAUUGGAUGUAACUGUCCUGUUUUCUGGGGUGGAACAUUUGGGUUGCAGUGGUUCCACAGAGCACUCACAAAUGACCUUGGAGUGUGACACGCUGGCCGGGUGCUCAUGUCAGAGAGGAUGUGGUUUUUGUGCAAAAAUUACAAAAAAAGGCAGACCAGUGACGCAAUUUAAUAUUCUGUGCUUUGUAGAGUCCAACUUAGUUCUUAGUUCUAGAUUUUACUUGUAAUAUUUUUUGGGUUGUUUGUGAACAUAUUUCAGUGUUUUCAGGUGUGAUUUCCUUGUUUAGACGCUAAAAUGUGAUGUACAAAGUAAAUGCAGUAUUGCCAUCUAUAUCCGCAGUCUGUUACAUUAGUAGUUAGUAAAUAGUUUCAGCACACACAUAAAAUCUGAAGGCUACAUAGUAACUAAAAGUGAUACUGUGAGUUAUUUGGGCAUGUUAUUGGCAUGUACAGAACUGUGCAAAAGUUGUAGGCGGAUGUGGAAGAGUGCUGUAAAACAAGAAUGCUUUCAAAAAUAGAAAUGUUAAUAGUUUUUUUUUUUUAUCACUGUCAGUAUAGCUAUUUCAUAAGUAUGGUGCAAAACUUCUAAGGGCAAAACAUGUUGUUACUGGAUGUGUUUGGCUGGAAUCUUCAGCCUGUGUUUCCCAGGUAACGGGCACGCAUGCAGAGACUGGUUUAUAGACAGCCACUCAUCCAGGAAAUUACUUGACACUCCCAGAAAAUAUGGUAACGUUACCAUACAAAUAUCACAGGACCUACCUUGGUUAGUUUGAACGAUACGACAGACAGCCCUGACUUUGCAGAGUUAGAGAACAAGCUUUUAGAUUUUUCAAGAUUUUGAUACAGCUUGUUAGCUACAUAUUUACUUCCUCGUUGCUUAGUUGCCCUCCUGGACCCCUUGGUUGUGGAUACUUCCAAUUAAUCUGUCGGGAAAAUUCACGGAACAAGAGAUCUCCCUCCUAAUCAUGAUAAUCAAUCACAAGUCAAAAUCAGACUCAACCCUAAUGAGCAAGCUGGUUCCUCCAAAACUCUUAAUGAUUCAUGCUAAAAGUGUAUCAAUAUAUAUAUGCGGCCUGUAAUCAAUAUAUCAUUAAUUAUGGAUGAGCUUAUGGAAACGCAAGAAACCACAGUGUCAACUGUAGAAUAUGUAAUCCAAUUAACCUAUAUGAUUAAUUACAGAUGAGCUUAUGGAAACGCAAGAAACCACAGUGUCAACUGUAGAAUAUGUAAUCCAAUGAACCUAUAUCAUUAAUUACAGAUGAGCUUAUGGAAAUGCAAGAAACCAGAAACAAAAGAAUGCGUCAGGCUGAAAAACCACACUUACUCCAUUAAUCAAAUAUUAAAGUAUGAUUAAUUAUGCCUGUAUAUUUUCAAACUUAUAAACUACUAAUUUCUGCUAGAAGUACACAGUGACCUAUAUGUAACCUGAGUUGAAUAAAAUAAUGUGUAUGCCCAUAUGUAACCUGAAUUGAAUACAAUAAUGUGUAUACUUAAAAGGAAAAUUGGAAAGUACAGAAUAGCACCAUGUUUUGCAUAAUUCAUCUUUUAUGAUUCCUCUUUGUUAAAAAGCAGAUUGCGGGACGGGGGUAUCUUGAACAGCUUGCAGGGCAGGGCAUCUUACUUUGUAAGCUGUCUUUGCCAAAAUAGUUUGCGGGACAGUUUACAGAACAAGAGGUCUGGUAUGCUUGUACAAUGUGAUAAGAACAUUUAUUUUUAAGAACAGCUUACAAAGCAAAAAUAUCUUGUAGGCCUGUGCAGUAUAAUAAAAACAUUUAUUUUUAAGAGGUCAUUUGGGCGAUUGCCACAAUGAUGUUGGCACCCAAGAGUGUUAAAUCAUUGUGGCGCCACAGAGACCAGCUGGUGUUUUUAGGAAUGUUUUAGGAGGAGUUACGUUGAACACAGUGUAUAAAAUGGGUGUAAAACUGACAAUCGAGGUUCAACUCUGCAGAGGCUUUGUGCACUUGUGCUAAUAAAGCCUGAUAUUUCUGAAGAGCUUGCUGCCGUGGUGUCUUUUCCCCGUGAAGUUGUUUUUCUACAAAUUAGAGAUUGGACUUUGAAUUCUGUCAUUUCCUAGACACGACAAAUCCUUCUAAGUUGCUGAGUACUGCAGGAUGUAGCAAGGGUUCAAAGUAAUUAUUCGCAGUGAUGCAAACUCCAUGUUCGGUUGUCCGUGUUCCGCCCAGUGGCGGUGAUUAGGGUUGCCACCCGUCCUGGAUUCUCCGGGACUGUCCCGGAUUUUUGUUGUCUGUCCGGUAAAAAAUAAUGAAACGAAAUGUCCCAGAAUCUUAAGUAUUUUCAAGUGUUGCAUACAUUAGUAUUGCUUAAUGAAAUGUAGACAGUGUAUCCAGUGUUUGUUCCAAAUGGUGCAGAGACUUUAUUAACCUUCACAAAUUACAGUAUUUAUUUUUGUAAUGAAAGGGGAAUUGGCACCAAGAACAAGGUAGUUGCGCACCAAAUUCCUUCAGGUUCACGCACCCUUGAGGGCGAUUGACAGUCCGGCUUACUCAGUUUGCCAGCUUCGUAUGUGUCCAGGAUUUUUACAGGACUGAGAUGGCAACCCUAGCGGGGAUAUAGCAGGUGCAGCGGCACUGGGGCUGUGGUUAAGGAGGGCUCAUGUCUUUUAGGAGGGCCCAUGCCCAUGUCUUAUAUCAGUAUGUCCGUUUAUUUUUCCAGGUCUUUAUAUUUUAACCACUCACAGAGACUACCUUUGCUUUUCACAGUGGUGUGUGUUUAUAUCCUUAAAUAAGCAAACUCAUCUGUCAUGUUUAUUAUACUUUCUUUGUACAAUAUACAAUUGGACAAUUGUAAUAUGUGAUCAUGCUAAAUUUAUAUUGUGUGUCUAUUUUACAGAAAAAAGACUAUAAUGUAUGAACUAUUCAAUUAAAUAACUUGUGACUGGCUAAUUAAUUUUGUGUUGGUAUAAUUUUCUGUAAAGAGUGCUGGCGGGACAUUUUCCAAUGUGAACUGUCUUGAUCAUGUGUUGAUAGCUAGUCUAAUGCAUAAAAUAUUGAGUGCCAUUUAGCUGCCUAGUGUGAAGAUGCCCUUGAAGCACAAAAGUAGGUAGCAGAAAAGAAGGGAUAAAAAAGGACCAGGAGGAAAAGGUAGCAAAACUAUCUAACCUGGACAGCUUUUUGAAAAAAGAAAUUGCUCAACUGCUACCCUGUUCCCAGUAGCAGUUGCCCAUCGCAACCGCUGCACCCGACAGCAGCAAAACCUUGCAGGUAGGAUAGCGAGCUAGAUAUAACAUUAGCAUUCUGUACUUUUUCAGGAGAAAAUCCCGCUACAUUUGGCUGAAAGGUGAAUGUUUUCUAGCAACUACAACAUAGCCAUACUAUAGCCAGGUAAACCCUGAGCUGUAUUGGUGUUAACCUGGUCCGUCUAUAUGUCAAAAACGUCUCGCAGGUUAUAUUUCCACCCCCUAGACGUCUAGAUCCAAGUUUUGCUCAAUGCAGUAACGUUAAUGUGCGUUAAAGCUAACUUCAUUCUUACAUUGCUCAAUCUUGCAAUGAUCAAUUAACAUUAGUCAAAGUCUGUAAAUGUACUUCACAAAUGUACUGCAUUGCAUUCAAAUUAGCCAAGGAAGCUGCUAAUUCUCCUAGCAGUUACCAUGUAUUAGAUUUGUUUGUUCAAUUGCAGGACUGGUUUUCUGCUGUAAACUCAGUGUUCCACCGAUGUUAAUUCAGGGGGCUGUAGGGGGAUAUAGAAAUUAUAAAUUGUAUCGGUUAACAAAGAUGAAGCGACCAAAUGGGUGUGUGGACGUUUGAUUGGCAAGUUUGGUCCAUUUAGUUUUAUUAACUGCAGGAGGAGUUGCAUCCAUAAUAAGAAUAAGUACCAGCAAUAAAUAGAAAUAUACUGUUAAUUUUUUAAAUAAUACUGACAAGUUGAACGAUAAAACAAAAGGUGAGAAAUUAAUUGAUUUCCAUACAUUAGUUCAUAUUUUAUUGUAAAAAGAAAAAGAAAAGAAGUGAAUUAGGCAUAAAAACACAUUCAGUGAAUUUUUUGUGUUGUUCUUUUACUCUGAUACUGACACAUGAGUGGCCUAUAGGCCUAAGCUUUAAUUAUGUAAAAAUCCCAACUAUCGUGAGUUGUUUUGUUGUCUUGUUGAUUUGAUUCUAUGACCAUCCACGUUGGUCUAUGUUUCUGACUUGAUUUAUACAAAUGUUCAAAAGUAUCGCAAACAAUGUAGCCUGUGUCCCAAUAACCAAAGUUACUCAUGAGCCAAAUAAAAUCCAAACUAUUUUCUGUAAAAUGUAUGUUUAAUGGUGCUGUGUUUACGUGCGUGCGUGCAUAGGUUAUAUGGUUGUAUACGUAGGCCAAAGAAUAUUUCCGAGCUAGAGGUGUUCUGCCAGGAGGAAUCAGGAAAAGUCCAAAAGAGAGAACUGAAAGACCCUUAGCAGACUACAGGAGGCACCAGAGCAAAGAGCUCCCUGCCGACCAGACAGUAGCCGGAAAUCACUGGGUGGUCAGGAGGGAACCAAUUUUUCUACAGUCUAUGGUACUCGUCUGAGUCGCGGUACCUCCAAUAGGAAUCAAUGGGACCAGAAAGGGGAGACGGUGUCCAGCUAUGCUAUUUAUACUGCGUAUCUCGAUGCGUGGUUCAAAUCACGCCCCCUGCCACAAAUUACGGUCCUGCACGUUACACCCUGGUUUUGUUUUGCAGUGUGCGGACAGACUCAUCUCGAUGUACUGUGAACCAGAUAUUGGAAGAUAUGAUUACAUCCGUUGGAUUAGAUUACGACGAGCCGAAUGGGAGAGACUUUUUCUCAUGCGGCGAUGUUAUUUUAGGGCGACUUAUUUUCGACUUAUCAAAAGAAACGAGAGUUAAUUCUAUCACUUUGUUUUUAAUGGGAAAAGCAAUAGUUCAGUGGGCUUCUGGAUCAAAAAAAUAUAGUCUUGGAAGCGACGAAUAUUUUAAAAUAAAGUGCGACAUCGUGCAACAAGACGGUCGUAUAUUUCAUGCAUUAGCUUAUGUUAAAUUACUUUACGUGUUUCAUUUACUGUGCAAUUGUAGUUGGAUAACUAACCAGCACUGUGUCUAUGAUUGCAUUGGAGUGCUAAUGUUCCUUUCCAUCUUUACAGUGGCUAGUGGUGCUGGUGAGACGGUCCUUCGAAGAGGAACGCAUACCUACCCAUUCAGGAUGCAGCUACCCCUAGGGUGUGCACAUGUUGUGAUGUGAAAUCUAAUGAAUGGUCAAUUCACUUAUUAUAAUGUAAAAAACUUUCCCCCUUGGUUUUCCAAAUAGAAAUUUUCCGUCAUCGUUUCAAGGGGCUCAUGGCAAAGUGACGUACGCUUUCGUUGUUGAGAUACACAGACCAUGGCAUUUUGCCCAGAAAUACCGGAUGGAAUUGAAAUUUGUCAGCCAAUUUGACGCCAACAACCCACAACUGCUGGCACCGCUGUCUGCGUCCAAAAGCAAGGAGCUGUGUUGUCUCUGCUGUGCCUCAGGGCCUGUCUCCAUGGACGUUCAUCUGGAGAGGAAUGUUUACUUUCCAGGAGAAAUUAUUCUGAUCAACGCAGAGUUUGAGAACUCCUCUUCCCGGACAAUCAUUCCCAGGGCAACGCUCAUACAGACGCAGAAAUUCUACACUACCAACAGAUCGGAAAGUACCACCGUAACCAAAGAGCUGGUCUGGGUGGAUGGAUGGCGUGUCAUGCCCCAUAGGUCAGGAGUAUGGGAAGACGAAAGGCUGCAGAUACCUGCCAACGCACCCCCCACCAUCUCAAACUGCCAGAUUCUGGAGUUGGAGUACUCUUUACGGGUGAUCAUCUUCAGAGCUGGACUACUUUAUCGCAUCCUUACAUUCGUAUCACUGUUAAUUUCUGAGCACAUUCACAUAUUGAUUCAUGUUGUUGUUGUUCAUGAUGUUGUUCUUACUUGAUUACAGAUGAGGAUGUACACUCCUUAUGGAACCUACUUCAGUCUAGUUUUCCCUCUAGUGAUUUGCUCUGCUCCUGUGGACCCUCCUCCUGCUUAGACACGGUCUUCUAAAAACCCCAGAUCGCCAUGGAAAUGAGACUGCUGUCAUCAGUACCUGAAUGGGUGUAUGCCUUUUUAACAUAAUCUCUGUAUGCAUGUUGAAGGGGUUCCAGUACAUCACCACUUUUUUUCAUUUACAUGAGAUCUGUACAGACUCUACAAUUUCAGGGUUACAUUUUCUGUCUGAGGUAUUUUUAUUUCUGCCAUUUUUGUACUGUGUUUUGUACCGCCUGGUGCCUGGUUUAAUACUCAGAACAACUGACCUGCAUAAAUAAUGUGUUACACUUUUUUGUUUUUUACUAUUGAGCCAUUCCUAUCUCUGGAACCGUCAAUUGCCUUAUCUGAACUGAGGUCAGAGUAGCUUGAGAGAAGUACCCGUUUGCCUGAUAACGGCAGAUGAAAGGUCUUUGUAAAUAUUUCCUUUUUUUAAUAUUUUAUCUUCUUGAGUUAUCUAUUUUUGAGUGUUGCUGCUGUUUUUAAUCCUGAUGACUUGAGAAUGAAUGUGCUGCUCGGUCGGAUAUUUUUUUUUUUUUUCAUACAGUCUAUGGAGGGUCUGCUACUGUGUAUGUUUACAUGCAUCAUUUGUUAUUGGAGCCACACAAGCUCUUUGGAUUUAACAAGCCAUUCUGAACUGGGCUUGGGUGGCUGAAGGGUGGGAGGUGAUUGACAUUUGCAAUAUUUUAGUGGGUUGGGGACAGUCUUCGCUGUCUCUAAAGCUUACCUGUUCUAACCUCAUUUGUAACUGUUUAACCCUGUUGUGAUAUUAACACAGAAUAUCCUCUGUGAUAGAUUACCUCUUAACUAGUAACACUGAGCAUGUACACACAAUUGUAAUCUUUAUAUAGGGUUUUAUUUAUACUUAUUUAUAUUGUAACUGUUUGAGGAUUUUCAGUCUGCCUUGUUUUAUGCUGUUCAGUAUGUGCAUCAAAUGCAGAUCCAUCAUGGAUACAAUUUUGUCACAGGGAUGCUGAUCCAUUUUUAAAAAAGAGAAAUUCUGUGAACAAAAUUUCUGCUUGUUUGGAUGUAGAAAUAUCUGCCAACCAAAAAGUACCUUGAACUCACAGAAGUAAUUAAGAUGGCAGAUUAAAGCAAAAAUGCGCAGUGCAGCAAGUAUUUGGACAGUGACAUAAUAUUUUAUGUUUUGUCUUUGUGUUCCAAAACGAGCAAAAACUACAAAAAUUGUAUUACUGUCCAAAUAUUUACACAUGGUACUGUAUAUGCGGCUUGGUGAUAAAGAUAACAGGCGCAGGUUUUGUGCAAGUUUAUUUCUGUUACUGUAUUUGAAGAGCCCAGGGAGUCAAUGUAUUUAUAAUGGUGAAACCAAUAGCCUUUCACCAGUGUAUAAAUUGUGUAUUGCAGUAUAUACAGAUAUACUGUAGCAUCACCUAAUGCUUCAUGAUGGGCAUAUUUUAUCGGGAAUUGUAAAGGCAUACUAUUAGGAUGUUUGGCCUUCCUGUCAUCCUGUUUACAAUCAAAGUAGUCUCUUCUGUCCUCAACUCCACUCUUCCCUCUUUUUCCUCAAACAGAAAAGAGGAUCAUGCUAAGUGGGUGGGGCUUGGUUAGUGCUUGGUACCCUCCUGGGAAAACUAAGUUGCUGCUGGAACCAGUGUUGGUGGGUCUGCAGGGGGUGAUCUUCCCUCUGGUCAAAUUACCCACAACUCCUCAAAGCAGUGAUGGGGACACUGCUGUAGGAGACAGCGUCUUUCAGAUGAGACGUGAAAGUGAGGUCCUGGUCAUUAAAGAUCCCUUGAGUAGGGGGUAGUGUCCUGGCUAAAUUCCCAACCAGGCACUUUCAACCAGCCACCUAAUAAUGCCCUGAUCUCUCCACUUCAGCUGGUAAGUGUUGUGGUGUCAUAAUGGCAGCCGUGCAUCCCACCACAAGUGCUACACAUUAGUGGUGGUUGAUGCAAGCUUCCCCUCAUCACUGUAAAGUGCUUUGAUUGUCUAGAAAAGUACAAUUUUAAUGUGGUAAUCUUUCUAUCUGCUGUACAUCUUAGAGGAAGAAAUACAGGGAGGGGAGCACAGAUUCAGCAAAUAGCUCAGCAAAUGUUCAAGGUGAAAAAUCUGCAUAGUAUGCCUUAAAAAAGACAUAAUGCCAAUCCCUGGCCCUUCAACAGGCAAUUGAGCUUUAAAUAAAAAGCCUGAUUGAAUGUACAGAGCUGCUGCUUGUGGAACAGGGGCUACUAUUUUAUAUGUAGUUUAACUGUUUGUUUUGUUUAAUAAAUAAACAUUUGCAUGUAGGAUGUAACAUCUAAGUAUGAUAUGUUAUAAUACUAUUGUAUAUGACCGCCUCUAUUGGGGAUAAUGGAAUGCACUCACAACAGAACCCAGGAUGGUGGAGAAACUUAACAAAACUAAUCUAUCAUCAUAAUAGCAUAAUAAUCAAAAUUAUAUGUAAUCUGAGUUCAUAUAAAUAAUAUAGGAAUGUUUCAUAUUCAAGUAGAAUACAGGAGUGAGGCUAAAUAAGUUAAUAAAUCUAAUGAGUUGCUUAACUUCCAAAGAAAUGCCAAAUUUAGGCCUACUUCAUAUACAUGCCUGAAAUGUGUGGAGACAGGGUGUGUCAUAUAAAACGCCUUUACAUAAAAUUGACAAUUGUCAUGUUUUCAUUUUCAUUAAAAAAUGCUUUAUUUGUGAGGCAAUGGCACUUAUGACAAUACAUAAUCGCAUGAAUAAGUAGGUGUAAUAGUUAAAAUGUUCCUAAUAAAGUGCUCGGUGAGUGUACAUAUGUAACUUGUGUAUGUUCUUAAGAAAAUAAAAACAUGAAAAAAUGCUCUA